GAAAGCAGAUGUUGAAGAUGGAUGACCUUGUCUUCGCAGCAAUAAGUGGACCCAUUUCUUUUUCUGCUAUAGUACUGAACGUAGUUUUCUCUUUUUGUCUCCUAUGUCCUCCAAGUGUGCAGGGGGUGAACCUUCAGCAGCCUCUAAAAGUCCUCCUGGUUUCUAUGGUGUUUUUCAGUUUUUUACACCAAACAACGAUAAUGUUCUUUGUUUGUCAAGUUGCAAUCACUCCUUUUGUCUAUGGACUUUAUUUGACCCUGAAGCAAUUAUUCUACUUCACCAAUGUGGUCAACCUGUCUUCAGUGACCUGGCUCAGCAUCCUCUACUACGUCAACAUUGUGCCUAACAACGGACAACUUUUCAGCUGGAUAAAGAGACACAUCAAGAAUGUGGUGUACUUUGGUCUGGUUGCAGACCGGGGUAUUGUUCUAACUGCAGGGGUAUUGGACUAUGUGUCUACACUCAGGCCAGAAGAACAACCCUUGAAUUCAUCGUCCUCUUUCAACGUCACUGCAGAAUUAAGCAGUGAUAGGGAUGUAUUUUUCUAUCUGGGGAAAAUAUGCACUGUAAUAUAUUCAUUUCAUCUCCUCAUCUCUUUUGGGACUAUGAUUCUGUCUUGGAGCAGCACUUACAUUUACCUGCGAAGGCACAUGAAGAGGAUGGAGGAGAGUAGCAGUCCUUUCUCCCAGCCCCAGUUUCAAAGCCAGAUGAGGGUCACUGUAACAGGUUUAGUCCAGGCAGCGCUGUUUUUCCCCUACUGUCUGUUAAUAAUUACUCUGGUAGUUACGCACAGUCUGCCAGGUUAUAAUGACUUUGAUCCCAAUGAUAACAUCCAGACUACAGUUUCCUCGCUGUUUGGCCUGUGCAGCUCUGUGUGCCUGGGAUUCUCUCAAUCUGUCUUCAGACAGAGGGUGGUAUCUCUCUUAGAGGGAGUUUUCAAGCAAUGUAAUAACCUAAAUGUGUAAAUGUUUUGUGUUCUAUUUUAAGAAUAGAAUUUCCAUUACUCUGAGGGGCUGUUUCCCGGACACUGUUUAAGUCUACUAGUAGAUGAAAAAGCAUGUUCAAUGGAGAUUCUACAGGACUAUGCCUUAUCAGUGUCCAGGUAAUUGGCACUAAAUAGUACUUGAAUGAACUUUCUUGGUAAUUAAUUGUGGUGAUGGGUGCAAGUCACAGACGAUUGUUUGUAUUAGCAUUAGAACUAGCCCAGACAAAUAAGGUAUGUUAUUUUACAGAAGGCACAUCUGGUGAUUUGUUUUUUAUUGUAGUAAACUAUGCAAAACUUCAGGUUGAGUUGAAGUGUAACAACAUGCCUCAUAAAUUUCAUUUGAUGUCAGGAUUUACAUGAACUAUUAGAGUUUGUCUUUGGUAAAUUAGUAUGUAAAUACUGUAAGUUAGGACUAAAUUCCACCAGGUUUCAGUCAUAAAGUUUGAAUUUUUGAGAGACAAAGUGAGACAAAGAGACUGGGUCACUGUCCAUCAUCGGUCUUCUGGUGAGUGUUUUCUAUCUCCUCUAUAUGUUGGCACCUGGGAAGGAUGAAGAGAGAACUUUGCGUCAGCCCGUGAAACUCCUGUUUUUCUUAGAAGUGGGAUGCAGUUUGGUGCUUCGAAUGUCUGAGCUUGUGAUACUCUUUGCGGCGCAGUACUACAACAUUCUGGAGUAUUUGGUGAGGUUGGUCAUGUUGGCUUGCAUGUCCUCAUGAGUAUGGCGUCUUCUACCAUCGUCUUCUACCACACCAAGAUCUUCCCAAACCAGCGACCACUCUCCGUCUGGGUGAGCAGGAACAUCAAUGCAGCUGUCUACGGUGGCCUUAUUGUUGACACACUCUACCUUAGUACAAAAUGUGUAAUUGUUGUCGGUUACGAGUAUGUCAAAUCCACCCAUGUAACAUUGUUUUAGGACUAAGUUUUAAAGUACCUUCAGUUUUACCAAGAUUGUGUUGGUCAAAUGAUUGGCGAAUGGAAUUAGGUGGAUUGCCUAUAAAUGUAGAAUUGUGUGAAAUAUUUAAAAUGUGUUUUCCAUUAGGUUUGUUCAGUUUCAGGAUUUUAGUUAGUAUUAUAUGCAUUCUAUUACAGAUUUUAAAAAAAAUAAGAAAUACACUUAUCGUUAUAUACUCUGAU